AUGACGCUCUCUUCCCAGAUCCUCGUCCUCAAGGUGGGCACCUCCACCAUCAUGCGAUCCGACGAGCGCGGCCAGCGCGUGAACGUGGCGAACCUGAGCCGCCUCGUGGAGGUCAUCAGCGACUUGGGCCACCAGGGCUACAAGGUUGUCCUGGUGUCCUCCGGGGCCGUGGGCAUGGGAUGCAGAGAAUUGGGGCUGGCGAAGAAGCCGACGGACCCUCAAAUGAAGCGUGCUGUGGCCGGUGUAGGUCAGAGCCGCAUCAUGCGCAUGUACUCCGAGCUUUUUGAGACCGUCGGCCUCAAAAUCGCGCAGCUUCUCGUGAGUCAGCGAGAUUUCAUGGAGCAGCAGCGCUGGGCAGAGAUCCGGGACACCAUAGCAGCCUGCCUCGAUGCGGGCGUCGUUCCCAUCAUCAACGAGAAUGAUACUACCAACACGGACGGCGUCCGCUUUGGGGACAACGACAACCUGGCGGCUCUCACCGCCGUGCAGCUGGAAGCCGAGGGUGUCUUUCUGUUCACUGAUGUCGACUACCUCUACACGGCCAACCCGAACGUGGAUCCAUCUGCCGAGCCCAUGCGCAUAGUCAGCGAGGCCUUUGAGCUGAACGUGGACACGCGGGAACCGGGCUCUUCCCUCGGCACUGGCGGCAUGUCUACCAAGGUGUCAGCAGCUCGAACGGCGCAUUGUGCUGGCAUCCCAUGUGGGAUUUUGCACGGCAAGCAUCCGGAGCGCAUCUUCAGCUUCCUGACCCAUGACGAGACUGCCUCCACGCACAGUGGACGGAGCCCACUGGAGUCGGACACCCUCAGCGAGCAGGACAUGGAGCAUAUGGAGCCUGAGCCAGAGGGCACUCUCUUCGCGGCCGACGAAGGGGAGCAGUUGUCAGAGGCAGAGCGGUGGAUCCUAAGCCUGCCCGUGGUCGGAGAUGUGGAUUUGUCCGGCUCGCAGACCAGAAGCGACCUACGGGAGUGCGUCCUUGAUACCGUCGCCGGUGCCCUGGGGAGCCUGAAGAGCUUGUCGGGUACGGCGCAUCACGGCGGGGUUCGGAUCUUUCACCACAACGUGGAGAUUGCCAGGACCCGAGUGAGUUUUGAUGAGGACGGGGCCUGUAGCCUGCCCAGCUUCAUAGCGGAGGAGAGUGUGGUUUUGACGCCGGGACUCUUCGAAGGGAAGAAGGACAAUUCCUUGGGACUGGAUCCUGCUCGCUAUGACCCGAAGUUCCCCAAAGCCUAUGACCACGGCCUGCCGAAGAAGCACAUCCCCUUCACCUCUGGGUCCACCCGCUUUGACCACAGGGGCAGGAAGGACUACCGGCCUGGUCCCGGUGACUACAACGCCGCGAAGCAGACGCUUGCGGGUGCGUUGACAGUGUCUGCCGCGAAGACCAUGGGGGUUGCGCCAGCAGAGCAGCGCUUGCUCUUCAAGUCUACGAGUGCGCCCUCCAUUCCGCGAGACCACCAGUGCUUUGGAUAUGACGAGGCUGGCGAUGGCCGGCUGAUCCGACAGGGCCGGAAAGACGGCAUCCGAGAGCUCUCCGGCAAGCCGGGUGAUAGCGCCGGGCCUGGACACUACGAUGUGAGCCAGGCGAAAGGCAUCGCCAACGGGGCCAGAGGUGGCAGAAUUAUGCCGCCUGCUUUCGACCCCGCCGCGAAACCCUCCGAAACGCCAGGCCCAGGUCAUUACGUCGCAAAGGCCUUCGGCAAGGAGACUGAGAAGCCCAUCUACUCGUCUUUCGCCUCGCAGUCAGAACGAGAUCCGAAGUCGGAGAAGAAGGGUGUCGAGAUGCCUGGGCCAGGACAGUACUACUCCAGCAGGCCGUUCAAGCGUGCGACGCUGCGGGAGCUGCAUCCG